AUGGCACGAUCGGGCCGCCGCCCCCAUCCUACUCUCCCUGCCAUUCCUACCUUCUCCAGCCCCGCGGCAGUCAGCAGCCCUAGUCCUGGCCUUGCCCAGCCCCCCAGCACCAGUCCGGGGCUGGGCUGGGACCACGACCCCCCUCCCCGACUCCCCCCUCCCGGCCCUGGCCAGCUCCCCAGCCGCGCGGGGCUCGGCACCCCAAACACAAGCUGCCCCCCACCGCAGCAAUGCGCCCCGGGGGCUAAGCAGUCCCGCGCGGAGGGGACAAGCCCAGGCGCCGGCCGGAGGUGCUGGCCGGCGCGACGGGGGCCGAGGGCAGCUGCCCGCCCGGGGGAUGCCCGCAGUCAGGCCCGAAGGCAGCCCGGGCUCCUCCCUCCUCGUCCUCCGUCCGCGGUCUCCCCGGCUCCGGGAGAGAGCCAGAGAAAGCGCCAGCGGCCGGCCCCACCUCCUCGGGAAGGCUCCCGGGCAGCGGGAAGGCUCCCGGGCAGCGCAGGCUGCGGGCGGAGCUUCCCCGGAGGCGGCUUGGGAGCAGCGGCUGGGGAGGGGGCGCGAGCCGCCCGGCCCUCGGCUCUGGCCCUCCACAGCCACCUCUGGGGGGCCCUGGGGAGGGGUCCCCCGCGGCCCCCCGGUGCCGGCCCCCCGACCCGCCGCCGGGCCCAGGCCGAGCCGCGGAAAGCAAACUUUUGCUUCCCCCCGACCCCCGGCAAAGGGCCGGGGCCGCCCUGCGAGGGCGCGGAGGAGGUGGCCGCGCGUGGGGGUCGCGGGGGGCUCCGGUUCCGCGCUGCGGGGAAGGAGCCCCGGGCGGCCGCCGCGGCCCCCCCCUCCUCCGCGCCCGCUCCUCCCACUGCGCUGGCUCCGGAGUUAGGUCACCACGGCAGCCCCCAGUGCGCGGCCGCCCCCGGAGGCUCCUCCGAGCCCGGGGCCGGGGGCUCGAGCCUCCGCCGGCGAGCGGCCGCGGCUCCUGCCUCCACCCGCAAAGCCCCGGGGAACCGGGCCGGUGACAAAGCGGCCGGCCGGACGCCCGCCCCCCAGCCCCCCCGCCCGGGCACACACGCGCGAUGCCCCCGGGGGAAGCGCGCCCCGCGAGCCGGCUGCGGGGCCGGGCGGGCCGGGGCUGCCGCUCCUCCGCCCUGGGCCGCCGCCGCCGCAGUCCCCGCGCGCGGAGCGGGGAGAGGCGCGGAGCGGAGCCCGCCCGGCCGCGGGGCUGCCGCCCGGCCGCGGGGCUGCUCCCCGCCCGGCGCCCGGCUCUCCCGCACGCACACGCACACGCGCGGCCGGGGCCGUUCCGAGGCGGCCGGAGCCCCGAGCCCGGCACUGCCGGGGCACUGCCGGGGCACGUCCGGAGCCCGCCCGGCCCCCGCCCCGGCCCCUACCUGGGCCGCCGGGGCCGGGCGCGCGGGGGCGGCUGUGCGGGAGAGGGGCGUGCGGGCACAUGCGGCCCGAGCCCAACUUGCGGGGAGCCGCCCCCGCCGCCGCCCCCGCCGCCCCCGCCGCCCCCGCGGAAAAGUUCGCCUCCGGGCAGCCGCUUACCGCCGCGGGCCGGGCGCGCCGCGCAGGGGCCGGCCAUGCUCACAGUCCGCGCCGCCGCCGCCGCCGCCGCCGCCGCCGCUCGGGCUCCCGCGCCUGCUCGCCGCCGCUGCCCAGCAUGAAUGGAGGGGAAGGAAUGCAGCGCGGGGCUCGCAGGGAACCAGAGCCUCGCUCUGA